UUGCACGCCUUUCGUGCAGCGGGGCGUGCAGGUGAUGCGGGACAAGCAGGAGAUAGCCGACGCCCAGGCAGAGCUCACCCGUCUGCACCACCUCUCCCUCGCCUCUGCCCCUGCCCCUGCACCUGCUACCGCCACCCCCUGCACCACCCUUGCGCUUCCCCCCCCCUCCUCCCCCUCCUCUCCCCCCUGCUGAUGCCCAGCAGGCCCAGGUCUUCUCUCCUCCCGCCGACCCCUCUGUUUCUGCCCCACGACCCCCCUCCGCUCCUGCUCCGCCCCCACCCAACGUCGCUGCUGCGCCUGCCCCUCCUGCUUCUUACUCCGCCCCUCCUUCCGCUCCUCCUGCUCCUGCUCCUCCGGCCACGCCGCCCCCGGCCCCUGCCAGUGCUCCUCCCGUGGCUGCUGCUGCUCCCGCUGCUGUGAGCUACCCGUCCCUUGCACCCAGUGCGGCGGGGCUAGCGCAGAUUGGGCAGCAAAUGUCCCACAUGCACGAGCAGGCGCAGGCGCAGGCACAGGCGCAGGCACAGGCGCAGGCACAGGCGCAGGCACAGGCACAGGCACAGGCGCAGGCACAGGCGCAGUCGCAGGCGCAGGGUGGUAGUUAUCAGGUAGGGCAAGGGCAAUACUACCAGCAGCAGACAGUGCAGCAGCAACAGUUGCAGCCACAGCCGCAGCAGCAGCAGCAGCAGCAGCAGCAGCAGCAGCAGCAGCAGCAGCAGGUGCAGGAACAGCAGCAACAGGUGCAGCCGCAGCAGCACACUCAACAGCAGCCACAUCCGCAGCAACAGCAGCACCAGCCGCCACAGCCGUUUCAACAGCAGCAGCAGGCAGCAGCGCAGCAGCAGGGAAGCACAGGAUAUCCCAGUUCCUCGUCCUACUCCGAAGCACAGCAGGCACAGGCACAGGCACAGGCACUGGCACAGGCACAGGCACAGGCACAGGCACAAGGGCAGGCGCAAACCCAGUAUUCUGGGAACAAUGCAGCCUAUCCAUCCCCACCGAUGCCGCAGCAGCAGCAGCAGCAGCACCUUCAGCAGCAACAGCAUUUCCAGCAGCAGCAGCAGCAGUAUCAGCAGCACCAGGAGCACCAGCAGCAGCAGCAGUUUCAGCAGCAGCAGCAGCAGCAGCACCAGCAGCAGCAAUUGCAGGCUGGACAAGCGGCAGUGGUAGGGGCAAUGGCAGCAGCACAGCAGGCACCACCGUCCCUACCCAUGCUGCCAGCAACCACUGCUACUGGCCAACAGCAGUGGCAGCAGCAGGCACCGCAGCAGCAGUUUCAGAAGCAGCAACGGCAGGAACCAGCGGGUCAGCAGCUGGCGCAAGGGGUACAGCAGCAGCAGUACGGUAUUGGUGACGCAGUUAGCCCAGCACAGGCACAUGCACAUGCACAGGCACAGGCACAAGCACAGGCACAGGCACAGGCACAUGCACAUGCACAGGCACAGGCACAGGCACAGGCACAGGCACAGGCACAGGCACAUGCAGGGCCAGAGCAACAAGCACAGGAGCGAUUGCAUGUGGCUUACAACCAGCAGCACCAGAUGGGAGAACCAGAGACAGCACCACAGACAGCACCCAGCGCCCCUCCUCCUCCAUCUAGCACCAUUCCACCCCCACCACCACCAACGCCCCCGCCACCCCCCCCUCCUGUUGCUCCUGCUGCUCCUGCUGUCCCCGCCCCUCAUGUCCAGCCUUCCCCCCCAAAUGCUCCUCCUCUCCCUCCCCCGCCUCCUCCUCCUGCUGCUCCGCCCCCUCCUCCUCCCUCUCCCGCCCCCCCACCCACUGCCCCUCCCCCAUACAGCACACAGCCACCAGGGGAAGGGCCUCGUUUCCCCCCAUCUGCUCCCCCUCCCCUCCCCCACAACAAAUUCCGCCUCCCCCUCCUCCUCUGGAUACCCCCCUCCUCCUCCUCCUUCCCUCCACAUGUAUGCGUCUCCCAUGCCGCAUGGCAUGUACUAUCCCCCUGCUCCUCCCCCAUAUGCCAUGCCCCCUCCCCCUCCUCCACAACACAUGUCAAUGCCCCCUUAUAUGAGCAUGCCUCCCCCGCUGCCGCCGCAGCAGCAGCACCAGCACCAGCACCAGCACCAGCAGCACCAGCAGCACCAGCAGCACCAGCAGCACCAGCAGCAGCAGCAAUACCCACCUAUGCCGCCCCAACCACCUUACCCCCAGCCCCCCACAUACCCUUACCCUCCCCCUCCGCCUCCCCCUGGCGCCCCUCCAGAUCCCCCCAUGCAGCCCCCGCCCUACUACACCACCCCUCCCCCUCCCCCGCCCCCCAGCUACCCAUCCUCCUCUUCCCCAGGGGCCUUCCCAGCCCCUGCAACACCCCUGGCCGUUGCACAGCCAGUACCAGCGGGGGGUGGGGCACGGGGCGCAGGGGGAGGCGGGGGAGGAGCGAAGGGGGGAGUGAGGGGAGGGGGCGGGAGGCGAGUCACCUUCGCUGAUCCUGUGAGUGCGGCAAGAGAAGGUGCCGGAGGGCCAGGAGCAGGGGGGAGGGCAGGGGAACGAGCAGUAGGGGGGGGUGCUGGGUCCGGGGCACCUGUGAGUACAAGGAGCGUGCCGCUAGAGAAGGUGGUGGAUGACGUGGCGAGCAUGGGGUUUGCGAGGGAGCGUGUGAGGGCGGCGGUGCAGCAGCUGAUGGACUCGGGCAGAGGGGUGGACCUGAACGCAGUGAUUGACAAGCUCAUGAACGGGUGAGGGAGCAUGGAGCUGGCUUGUGAGUGCACUCAGGGAUCUGUUGGUCCCUUGGCAGUCACGAUCUGCUGAGUUUACUCGCAAGGGGCAUGGACCUGGUUUUGAGGUGCCUCAAAGGGGCAUGGACCUGGAUGCAGUGGUUGACAGUCCCAUGAACGGGUGAGGGGAGAGGGGGGAGGGGUAAAGGGGGAGGGGAGAGGGAGGGCAUGGUGGGCAGUGGACGGUGGGUGGCAGGCGUUGGCUGAACCAUCUCCACGGACUGGGAGAGUGGGGCACUGGGGGUACUUAAUGAGAGGCGUGCAUCUCAUGUGCCUUGCGACGACGGUUGGUUGAAGCAUGGGUGAAGCUGGGGACCUGAACAGAGACGGGUGAGGCGUGGCAGAGAAGGGGGGACACAGGACACAGAUGCAGUGGGGUGGCUGGGCUGUGAGAGUGGAGUGUGGCACGGGAAGGUGGGCCUUUGGGAGUGCUCAUGUUCAAGUAUAAGUAUGGCACUACCGGUACUUGUUGGCUAGUGGGCAGACACUGGUGGUGAUGUCUGUUACUUCUUGGGAAUGGAUGGAUAUGGUAAUCAUCUCACUUGCGUCUCUAGUGUAAUCAUUUUGUUAUCUGCAGUACCGUUACCAGUAGUAACUCUUUUGUUUCUUUCUUGAUCUAUGUAAGGAAUUAGUAAUUCCUUACUGAGGCUUGCUACAGGGCAUACGACUCGAACAGUCCCGAACCAUCGCCAGGGUUCCAGACCUAUCAGUUCGAGCCUCCUGGGCCUUACCGGACCUCGCUACGACACAUCGAGGCCCUUCGAUACUUUUCC